AUGCCGACUGUUAGAAAAAGAAAGUUUAAAAAGACCUCAUCCGAAACAUUCAUAAAUCGUAAUCGUGGCCGAGAACUUCCAGAGGACAUUAUGGCCGAUGCUGCUAAUACUAUCUUCAUACCUCCUUCAGAAACAAAAUUUUAUCGUCGAAAACGCUUUAACUUUAUCAUCGGUCUUUCGUUAGGGCUAUUAUUAGCUAUGUUUGCUGCUACUACAACUCCUGCCGUGGAACAAACACAGAAUCUCUUGACUAGUGUUCAAGACUAUCUGAUGCUUCAAUUGGCUGACAUAGAUUUAGCUAAUUUACUGCCACAAUCAGAGUUAGUGGACGAAUUUUUAAGUAACUUUACUCAGAUAAUUAAACCAAUUCCAGCUACAGAAAUUUCAUUUAUGCCAGCCCUUGAAUAUAAGGAUGAACUUAACUUAAAACCACAUUUUCCAGUUGUCAUGAUACCUGGUAUUAUUUCCACUGGUUUAGAAAGCUGGUCAACUGAUAAAGUAUCAAGGAAAUAUUUCCGAAAAAGAAUGUGGGGUUCUAUGUCAAUGGUAAGAUCUGUAUUAUUAGAUAAAGAAGAUUGGACGAAUAAUAUAAUGCUAGAUCCAGUUACUGGUCUUGAUCCACCUCAUCGAAAAAUUCGUGCAGUUCAAGGUGUUGAAGCUGCCGAUUAUUUUAUUACAGGCUAUUGGGUUUGGGCCAAAAUUAUUGAAAACCUGGCUACUAUUGGCUAUGAUACUAACACUAUGCAUUUUGCAUCUUACGACUGGCGUCUAGCCUUUGGUAAUCUUGAGGUCCGUGAUUAUUACUUUUCACAACUCAAAGCUAAAAUCGAAUUAUCAAAACAAUUUACAGGGCUCGGAUCUGUCAUUAUCACACAUUCUAUGGGUGGGAGUAUGUUUCCUUAUUUUUUAAAAUGGGUUGAAAGCGAUCAAGGUGGAAAAGGGGGUCCAAAUUGGGUGAAUGACCAUAUUGAGUCCUUUGUUAAUAUCGCAGGCCCCCUGAUGGGUGUUCCUAAAGCGGUUACUUCUCUUCUAUCAGGUGAGACUCAUGAUACAAUGGCAUUAGGUUCAUCUAUGUUGCCUAAAGGUGGAACGACUAUAUGGGGGAACUCUACUUCUGCACCCGAUGAUCAAAUUGAUGAAAAAUACGAAUCAUUUGGUAACAUGAUCUCCUUCGUUCCACGUCCAGAAGGCAUAAACGAAAACACGACUGAUACUCCUGACAAUGCCAACUUUAAAAAGCAAUUAUAUGCUAACUAUUCAUUUGGUAUUACAACGGAUGAAGCACAGCUGUUGGAAAAUGAUGAGGAUCCGAGAAAAUGCUAUUAUUAUGCAGUAGCGGAUGAAUCAGUUGAAGAAGAUUGUUUGCAUCACAACUCGACUGUAAAUGGAUGCUCUCAUGAAGAAAAAUUUGAACAUAAUAUAACAAAUGCUUUUGAAAAUAGGGCGGAUGAUUCACUUCCUAUAAAAGCUGUACCCACAGAGUUGAAAACACCUAGAUUGUACAUUGAUGCUAGUGUAAGUGAUCCUGUUCAGCGAAUCGAAACUGGUAUUCGUUUUUCUGAUGGCGAUGGUACUGUUCCUUUGUUAUCAUUGGGCUACAUGUGCGCUCCUUCUGGAGGUUGGACAAAACAUGCAAACCUUUAUAACCCAGGCCGUAGUCCAGUUGUUCUUCGUGAAUAUGACAAUAAAAUAAGUCCUAGUAAACUUGAUGUUCGUGGAGGAUAUAAGUCUGGUAAUCAUGUUGAUAUAUUAGGAAAUUGGGAAAUGACAUUGGAUAUAUUGCAAAUUGUGUCUGGUUCUGGAGCCAAUAUUACUCAAAGGAUUUAUUCUUCUAUUGAAGAAUACGCAAAAAAGAUACAACUACCUUCUUCCUCAGCAUAA